UCAUAACAGCUGAAGACUAACAGUAGGGAAGAGCAAAAUACAACACUGAUAUUACAUAAUGGGCUGGGUGUUAGGAAUAAAAUAAUAAAAGAGAACACUAUGGGAAGUUCAAUACUAAGACUUCUUCAUCCAUAUUUAGAAGAUGAAAGGCUUUCCAAAAUCUAUGCAGAUAGUACUGUCAUGACCUUGCCUGCUUUUGAUGUGCCUUAUUUUAAAUAUAUCGACGAGGAUUCAGAGGAUGAAUGGAGUAAUCCUUCACAGUCCUCAGCAGAUGAAAAUACGGUCAAAUCUUCACUGUCUAACAGGUACGUGGUGGUGGCUGGAACCCCUGAAAAAAUUCUGGAGCAUCUGCUCAAUGAUAUACACCUGGAGGAAGGUGAAUGCAAAGAGACAGAUAUCUUGCUGGAUGAUUUUCUUCUCACAUACACAGUCUUCAUGACAACCAGUGACUUAUGUCAGGAGUUACUGAGACAAUAUUGUUCCCAGACGCAUACUAAAAAACAAGGAGACUUGAAUAACAGCUUAUACCGAAAGCGUAAAGUUUUGCGUAUUGUGUCACAGUGGGUAUAUCUUUACAAGACUUUAUUACGAGAAGAUGAAAAUACUAAAUUAGUUUUUAAGAACCUUUAUAGGUGUGUGCUGGAUGAUCUUUUUGAGUACCCAAGUCUGGAGAAAGAUUUGAAAGAACUCCAGAGCCUGUUUCGGACACCUCGCAGAUACACCAUUGAUGACUAUUCACCACACAAGAAGAAUCCAACAAAUUUCCAUCAACUCAGUUGCAGAGAAAGAUGGCUACAACCUAGAUCAUAUGAAGCUGAAGAAGUUUUCUGCCGUGUGUACUUGGCAGACCAUUCUUACGUUAGCUUCCGAACCAAAGUGUCGACAUCAGCACAGGAAAUUCUUCACAGGGUGGCUGAGAAGCUCCAGCAGUGUGAAGAAGAUUUGGUUCUGGUGGCAGUCACAUCUUCUGAGGAAAGACAAGUUCUUCAACCUGAUGAUGUGUCAAUUUUUAAAUCUCUGGAUCCCACCACUCGGAUAUUUGUUUGUAGAAAAGAUUCCAACAAUUAUUUGUCUCUUACAGCAGAAAAUGAUGAAACAUCACAGAGAGCCAUCCAAGUGCUUGGAAUGAACACCUGGCAUUUAGCCAACAAACUCACUAACUUUGACUGGGAUUUGUUUAACUGCAUCUGUGAGCAGGAACUGAUUUAUUACACUUUCCAUCGAGGGAACACCACUACCAACCUUGACUUCCUCCUACAGCGGUGUAACGAGGUUCAGCUAUGGGUCACUACUGAAGUCCUCCUCUGCAACCAGUUGUCCAAACGUGUGCAACUUGUAAAAAAGUUCAUUAAGGCUGCUGCUCACUGCAGGGCACUGCGGAACUUUAACUCUUUCUUUGCCAUAAUCAUGGGUCUCAACAGUGCUGCCGUCUGCCGACUAUCUCAAACUUGGGAGAAAGUGCCUGGGAAAUUUAAAAAGCUCUUCUCUGAACUUGAACAUUUAAUGGAUCCGUCUUUGAAUCAUAAAGCCUACAGAGACGCUUUCAAAAAAAUGAAACCACCAAAAAUUCCCUUCAUGCCUUUGCUGCUAAAAGAUAUAACAUUUAUACAUGAAGGAAACAAAACGUUUUUGGAUAAUCUUGUCAACUUUGAAAAACUGCACAUGAUUGCAGAUACCAUCAGACUGCUGAGGCACUGCAGGAGUAACCAGAUCAGUACAGAUGUUACUCAGAAAGACCACCAGGAUGUGAAAGCCUAUGUUCACCACUUGCAUGUUAUUGACAACCAACAGACAUUAUUUCAGCUUUCCCACAGACUUGAGCCAAGAACUUAAUGAUAGCUUCAUCUUUUUGUAAGAUUACCAAUGUUGAAAUAAACUACAAGGAACUGCAGACACAUCAACUGUGGCAAAGCGGCUUGUUGAGAACACUACAUUGAGGGUCCUGUGUGAAACCAUGGACCCAGUCUAUGUCAGCACAAGAGGUGAAAACAAAUUAAAUUACUUUCAGGUGAGAAAGCAACAAAGGCACUUGUGUGAAAUCCAAAAAUCCUGUUUCAUUAUCCAAGAUACUUUGACAGCAGUCAACAAGCUAAGAAAUGAUCAUUUUUAUUUGCUGAAACUAAGGAAAACAAAAAAGGAUUGUAUUAUUUUUAAUCCGGUUUCUCUUACCAAACUAUCAAAACACAGAUGUUUAGACUUAGUUCAUGGCACAAUGGCCAGAAUCAUCCUCUCUGGUUUAACAUAUGGCACAAGUGUGAUAAUAUGGGCCUUGCUGCUGGUGGAUUAAUGUGUACUGACCCUGGCAUUAUUUGCAGAAUGGGGCUUACUUAGGUUUGUUUUGGCAGGAUUUCCACAUGUGCUUAAGAUCUUUCCAUUGGGGAGUGCAGGAAAUGAUGGCCAUCCCAGGAAAUAAAUAAUUGCAGAAACUCAAGGCGGCAUUCAGCUGUGAACAUCAGAAAACAAAUAACCUUGUCCAAUGAUGUAGCUAAAUCUGGUGAUUGCAAUAAUCAUUGGAGCUCAAAACUGCAGAUGCUGGGAAUCUGAAAUAAAGUUUAGAAGCCUGAUUAUAGUUGGCACUCCAUUAAGUUUAAAAGAUUAUGUGAUUUGCCUUGGGUCUUUUUUUGUAACUGCUGGACCUCUCCUAUCUAUUAAGUGUGGGUAUUUCCAGCAAUCAGCAUUGCUAAAGUAAUGGAAACUGCAGCAUAAGGUAAUUUUUAACUUUUUUACCUCAUUUCAUCCCCCAUCUCAGCUCUCUGUCAGCCACUGCUCCUGAUGGUAAUGAGGUCAUAUAAUCAAAUACACAUUUAAAUAUUUUGGGAUUGGCACAUUUUGGAUCGGUGCUACUUAAAAAAACAUUGAGUGAUUAAUAUUUUCUUUCCUUCAGAAUUCAAGGAAAUAAAAAAAACUGCCUCAUGGUGAUAUAAUUGUGUGUACAAUGGUAGGUAGAUUACAGUGGGUGACUAAAUGAGAUCUUGGUCAUUUUUAUGACUGGUGUUAAUAGGACUUCCUUUAAUAUAAAAGGUUAUCAUCUCAUAGUUAGAACAGUACCAAGAGUGUUUACAAAAUUAGAUAAAGCACAAUGUUUAAAGUCUAUGUAAAAAUAAUACCCCUGUUAUUACUCAGUUGUUUUCCUCAUCUUCUUGGACAGUUGCAGACUGAGUGAUCAACUGAACACUCAGAAACCAGCAACAAUAAUUACAAAGACACAGCUGUUUACACAUUUUUUUUUCACUGGGGUUUGGGUAGUUGGGUGCUUUAUUGGUUAGGCAUUGGAGUUUCAGCAGAAAACAGGGGACUCCCAAUAGAAUCAAUGUGUUAGAACAUGCUAGAGAGUGACCUCUCAUAUCAUCAUGAUCUCAAAAUAUCAUUUAUACCUUAACUAGUUCAAAUAACUUGUAGAUAACAAGGUGGUGAAGAGAACAGGACAUCUGGGAUGGAAAUCUAUAUUGGAAAAUACAAUGUUUCCUGACUCAAUGAGAUUUAAGGAUUGAAAACAGAGUGACUGAAAUGGAAUGUGAAUUAAAGUAUAUGAGUUCAAAUCUAAUCAGAUAGAUCUUGCAAAACAGUGAGAGGAAGAGUUAAGGAGAGAAAACAAGCCAUACAGUCAUAGAGCAAUACAGCACGAUACAGGCCCUUCAGCCUAAUGAGUCCAUGCCGACCACAUUGUCCACCCAGCUAGUCCCGAUUUCCUGCAUUUGGUCCAUAUCCCUCCAGGCCCCUCCCCUCUAUGUACCUAUCCAAGUUCUUAUUAAAUGAUACUAUUGUACUUACCUCAACCACUCACUCUGGCAGCUCGUUCCAUGUACUCUCCACCUUCUGCAUCAAAAAAAGUUGCCCUCAAGUCCCUUUUAAAUCUUUUCCCUCUCACCCUAAGUCUAUGCCCCUAGUUUUGGACUCCCCUGGGGAAAAGACUGUUACCGUCCACCUUAUCUAUGGCUCUCAUAAUUUUAAACACUUCUAUAAGGCCACCACUCAUUUUCCUAUGUUCCAAGGAAUAAAGACCUAGCCUGGCCAACCUCUCCCUAUAAUUCAGGUCAUCUAGUCCUGGCAACAACCUCGUAAAUCUUUUCUGCACUCUUUCCAGUUUAAUAACAUCAUCCCUAUGAUAGGGUGACAAAAAACCAUACACAGUACUCCAAAUGUGGCUUCACCAAUGCCUUGUGCAACAGCAACAUAAUGUCCCAACUCCUAUACUCAAUGCCCUGACUGAUGAAGGCCAGCAUGCUAAAUGCCUUUUUCACCAUCCUGUCUACCUGCUUUCAAUGAACUAUGUACUUGUACUCCUGGGUCCCAUUACACUCCCUAGUGCCCUACCAUUCAUAAUACGUCCAAUGCUGGUUUGACUUUCCAAAAUGCAUCACUUCACACUUACCUGUAUUGAAAUCCAUUUCACUCCUCGGCCCACUUCCCUAACUGAUCAAGAUCCCCCUGUAAUCUACGAUAAUCUUUUUCACUAUCAACAACACCUCCUAAUUUUGUGUCAUCUGCAAACUUUCUGAUCAAGCCUUAUGCAUUCACAUACAAAUCAUUUAUAUAAAUAACGAAAACUGACCCCUGCGGCACACAACUAGUCACCAGUCUCCAUUCUGAGAAACAUCCUUCAACCACCACCUUCUGCUUCCUACCUCUGAGCCAAUUUUGAAUCCACCUAAUUAGCUCUACCUGGAUUCCAUGGGACCUAAACUUCCAGACCAGCCUACCCUGUGGGAUCUUGUUGAAGGCCUUGCUCAAGUCCAAAUAGACAAUAUCCACUGCUAUACCCUCAUCUAUCCUUUUGGUUACCUGUAAAAGAACUCUAAAAGAUUUAUCAAACAUAACUUCCCACGCACAAAAGCCAUGCUGACUCCUUCUAAUCAGACUCAGUCUAUCCAAAUGCUAGUAGAUCCUGUCCCUCGGAAUUCCCUCCAGUAACUUCCCCACUACUGAUAUCAGGCUGACUGGCCUGUAGUUCCCUGACUUGCUACAUUUCUUAAAACAACAGAACAAUGUUAGCCACCUUCCAGUCUUCAGGAACUUCACCAGUGGCUAACAAUGAAGCAAAUAUCUCCUCAAGGGCCUCCACAAUAUCUUCUCUUGUCUCCCACAAAUUCUGAGGAUGUACUUGGUCAGGCCCUGGGGAUUUAUCCACCUGAAUGCACUGUAAGGCUGCAAAUACCUCCUCCCUGGUAAUACGAAUUUCCUCCAAAACAUCUCCAUUAGUUUCCCUAAUCUCUUGAGCAACCAUCAUUUUCAGUAAACACCAAGGAGAAAUAUUUGUUAAAAAUCCCACCCAUCUCCUGUGGCUCAAGACAUAGGCAGCCCUGCCAAUCUCUAAGGGGACCUACUCUCUCCCUAGCCACCCUUUUACUCUUAAUAUAUCUAUAGAACCUCUUGGGAUAUUUCCCUAACCUUACCUGCCAGAUCCAUCUCAUACCCUCUCUUUGCCCUCCUGCUUUCCCUCUAAGUAUAUCCUUAAUUUUUUUUCAUCAUCAAGGUAUUCACUCGUCCCCAACCUCCUAAACCUGAUGUAUGCUUCCUUCUUUUUCUUGA